UCCGUGGGUCGAGCACUCAGGUAGCGCGCCGUGGCGCCGCCAGCAACCAGCUCCUUCACUUGGGACACUUGGGUGGCUUCAGCCGCCCCUCGGACCCACCCAGUGCCUUGACCUCCUUGAGGACAGCGCGCCGAGCCCGCCGCGCCGGGCCGCCGGCCGGCUGCGUCCUCACGUGCGGAGGCCGCCGCAGUGACCCCGCCCCCGGGCCCGGGAUGUGAGGCCCGCGGGGUGUCCUCGCACCGGGCCUAGGCGCCGGGAGUGGCCGGCUCGGCAGCGCCGGGCAAUGGCCCUGCUGCCGCUGCUCCUCGCCUCCUGGGGCCUGGGGCAGUGAGGGGGCCGGCGGGCGAGGGCAAGGUGGCCGCGGGCGCCAUGGAGGGGGUGCUGUACAAGUGGACCAACUAUCUGAGCGGUUGGCAGCCUCGGUGGUUCCUUCUCUGUGGGGGAAUAUUAUCUUAUUAUGAUUCUCCUGAAGAUGCUUGGAAAGGCUGCAAAGGGAGCAUCCAGAUGGCGGUGUGUGAAAUUCAAGUUCAUUCUGUAGAUAACACACGCAUGGACCUGAUAAUCCCUGGGGAACAAUAUUUCUACCUGAAGGCCAGAAGUGUGGCUGAGAGACAACGGUGGCUGGUAGCCUUGGGGUCAGCCAAGGCUUGCCUGACAGACAGUAGGACCCAGAAAGAAAAAGAGUUUGCUGAAAACACUGAAAACUUGAAAACUAAAAUGUCGGAACUAAGACUCUACUGUGAUCUUCUUGUUCAGCAAGUAGAUAAAACAAAAGAAGUGACCGCAACUGGUGUGUCCAAUUCUGAGGAGGGAAUUGAUGUGGGAACUCUGCUGAAAUCAACCUGCAAUACUUUUCUGAAGACUUUGGAAGAAUGCAUGCAGAUCGCAAACGCAGCCUUCACUUCUGAGCUGCUCUAUCGCACUCCCCCAGGAUCACCUCAGCUGGCCAUGCUCAAGUCCAACAAGAUGAAACAUCCUAUUGUACCAAUUCAUAAUUCAUUGGAAAGGCAAACAGAGUUAAACAGCUGUGAGAACGGAUCUUUACAUAUGGAGAUAAAUGAUGAUGAAGAAAUCCUAAUGAAAAACAAGAGCUCCUUAUGUUUGAAACCUGCAGAGACAGAUCGCAGCAUAUCAAGUGAAGAAAAUACAGAUGAUAAUAUAACAGUCCAACGUGAAAUGAUAAAGGAAGAUGGAGAGGAAAACCUGGGAAAUCAUGACAGCCACUUGGCGCAGUCUGAAUCACACUCCUCAAGCAGCUCUCCAGAAGCCCACUGGGAAGAAGGCCAAGAAGUCAUCCCAACUUUCUUUAGUACCAUGAACACCAGCUUUAGUGACAUUGAACUUCUGGAAGACAGUGGCAUUCCCACAGAAGCAUUCUUAGCAUCAUGUUAUGCUGUGGUUCCAGUAUUAGACAAACUUGGCCCUACAGUGUUUGCUCCUGUUAAAAUGGAUCUAGUUGGAAAUAUUAAGCCUAAGCCUAACAAGAAUCCUCAAACAAAUAAAACAGAUUACUUGGAAAGCAUAAGGACGAAGAAAGUAAAUCAGAAGUAUAUAACCAACAAAGAGGAGUUUACCACACUGCAGAAAAUAGUGCUGCACGAAGUGGAGGCCGACGUAGCCCAGGUUAGGAACUCAGCUACAGAAGCCCUCCUGUGGCUGAAGAGAGGUCUCAAAUUUUUGAAGGGAUUUUUGACAGAAGUGAAAAAUGGAGAAAAGGACAUCCAGACAGCCCUGAAUAAUGCAUAUGGUAAAACAUUACGGCAACACCAUGGCUGGGUAGUUCGAGGGGUUUUUGCGUUAGCUCUGAGGGCAGCUCCGUCCUAUGAAGAUUUUGUGGCUGCAUUAACCAUUAAGGAAGGCGACCACCAGAAAGCAGCUUUCAGUGUUGGGAUGCAGAGGGACCUCAGCCUUUACCUCCCCGCCAUGGAAAAGCAGCUGGCGAUACUGGACACUUUAUAUGAGGUCCACGGACUGGAGUCUGACGAGGUGGUAUGAUGUCUGCAGGGCAGCGCCGCCUCCUAACUUCAGGGAAUAAAGUUCGCUAAAGUGUUUCAUUGCCCUACUUAAUUUCCAGCAGCAGCUUCAGUCCUCUCCAAUCCCUUACUUGGGGGGAUGGAGAGGAGGAGGCAAAGCCUAGUGCUUUUAUGUAUAAUUUUUUAAAUGCAUAUAUGUUUUGUGUGUUUAAAAAUCAAGGUGCUAUAUAUUCAGUUCAAAGGGCCUCCUGGAAACCAAAUCAUAGCUGUUACACAGACGUGAACGGCGAGUUAUAAGAGCAGAUUUGACAAAUGAAUUUGUUAGUAUUGUGUUUUGCUUUUAGUUUUAAUGGGCCACCCAAACCCAAGCUGAAAAUGAGCAAUUUUUUUAUCAAGGACUGUAACUCAUAGCCAGUGUUUCAGUCAAUUUAGAAUUAGACUAAAAAUUUAGAGGGAGCUCAGCCCCUUUGUUGAAGCUAUUGAAAUAUAGAGUUUGCUAUUCCUAGACGUCCUGCAAAGAAUCCUCUUCUCUGUGGCUCUGUGGGCCAGAAGAGCCUGUGUAGUCAGUGUGUCCGGGACGUUGGUGUGACCAAGCAGUGCCAUCCCUGUUUAUGGGCCAGGAGACUGGCUCUGAAGAGAUGAGUGGUAUGUCCUAGCCCCGAGCUGGAGGACAGUAUGGGAGGUGUGGGACAGGUCAUCUGAGGUGACCCCUGUGCAGUGCACACCCUCUGCCAGCCUGCUUUCCUCGGCAUCAUCUCAGUUGGACAUCAGAGCAAAACCGUGACAUUCAGGGAUUAUUAUUAAACUUCAAAAGUAAGGUGUAUAGGUCGAGGGAUUUGCUCAGUCACACAGCCACUAGAUAGAAGAGCCACGUGAUUUCCAUGUGUGAUCUGGACCACCUCUGCAUCAAAAUCACACGGAGCGCUUGUUUGAAAAGCAAAUUCCCAGGCCUUACCUUGACCUGAAGAACCAGAAUUGUGGGAUUGGGACUCAGGAUAAUAAACCUUGAAUUUGAAUAAACUUCCCAAGUUAUUCUUGUGCACACAGGGUUGAAGAGCUACGAGAUUAAAUUCUAGUUUACCGAAUUCCCAGUCUUCUGCCUGAACUAAAUGAUGUGUCCUUUUUUUCAAAGAGGGAGAGGCUAUCGUUGAAACGAAGUAGUUAAAGGGAGAGUGAGAAAUGGAGCAAGUUUACUCAGCAGGUUUCUUAAUUGAGCCAGCAGGCCUUCAGGGACCACAGUUCUGAAUGUGCUCUCUGAUCAGCCUUGGCUUUAUCACCAAUGGUGCAGAGGAAGCUAAAUGCAGCUGCUUAUCUUAUCUCAGAAGCUCUGGGACUGUGUCACAGUUUACAGGGGGGAUUUAAGCCUUUCACAAAACAACCUUGUGUAGGCGUUCUCCUGAAGAGUGUGACGCCAGGACUGUGGCCCUAGUCUCUCAGUAGGCCAGGCUGCCAAGAGCGAGCGGCGGGGAGAGGCCAUGGCUGCCUUCCCUGUCAGGGGCUACUCGCUUUAAGUAGCUGGAAGGGAAGCUCCCCGGGUAGAAGGUGAGUUCCUUUGAGGGGCACAGGUGAUGCUGUCCCGAGGGCAAAGAGAACCCUCUCCUUAGGUGAGAGAUUAAUGUAGGGAGGGGUAUUGAUUUCUUUUGUCUGUCUUUAAACAAAUGGGCAUUUAUGUAGCUCAAAUUAACGAAGCAGAUACUGUGCUCAGUAAGGACUUCUGGAAAAUGCUUAACCUUUAGAAAAGCAACAUCAAAUAUUUUAAGGCUAGGGAGAAAAAGGGUGCUAAAGUGAUGUUGAUUCUUUUGUAUCUUAGCGCUUGCUGUUACCAGCUGCUAAGGUGUGCAUGUUGUCUUCUCCCAUUCGCACGAGUAAUUAGUGCGGACCUCCUUCUCUGGCUAGUGUGAACAUGAUGGCAGGACUAGGGGAUAAGUUAGACUUCCUGCCCUUACAGAGCCUCCUAAAAGGGAAAAAGAAAAAGCCACCAGCCUUUGCUUUACCUUGAAUGAAUGCACAUUAGACAUUGCACCAUUGGGUGGGGACGCUGCCAGGAGAUUGUAAGUGUUGUGAAGCACGACCGUUCUGAGCAAGUGGUGGUGCUCCCCGACACCUCAGGAGAGCUGGUCUGGCCUCUGGGAGAGAGGUGGGCACACUGAAAAUACCUCAGAUUUUCCACCGAGGCUUUGAAUACACACAGAAAGAAAGCUGCUCAGCAGGGCCAUUGCGCGGUUCUAUAGGUACUGCCUUGGUGUAUAUGACCCAGUUUUCUGGGAAAGAAGGGUUUCAUAUUAUCUGGGAUCUUUGGGAACCCAGAUCAGAGUAGCUUGAAUAACUUGAAUAAGCUGCAUUACCUACUCAACACUUUUCCAACCCUACAGAAAGGGGAUAAUGUUUUUUGAUAGGUAUUUUCCUCACUGGAGCAUACUAAGUUUACCUAAGAUGCGUAAAGCUCUGGAAAUUGAACUUCAUAUUAGAUGACAAAUUCAACUUGGCCUGACGCUUGGCACGGUCAGAGCUUCCUCCUGGACCUGCAGUAUUUGCUUCUCCAUUUUAUUUAAAGGCAUAAUGUGUGCUAAUUGACAUUUACUAUCUAAGACGAGGACAAAGAGAAAAGAUAAGGCUUUCUCUCCAUAAUCCUCUAAGAUUCCUGGGACCUCUAAGCUUUCUUUCUCUGACAAUGAGAGGAGAUGGGAAAACGCUAGUAUGUUUGUUGGUUGCUCAAACGUUUUUAGGAUUCUCUUUCUAGAGUAACCUUUAGAGAGAUCCUGAAGGAAAAGAAAAGGUAAUGUGUCUUCUAACUAAUAAGUAGCGUUUGGACGACCUCCUAUAAGGCACUUCCAUACACAUAAUUUCAUCGUGUCUGCACUUCUCCCCACUGCAGAAGCCAGCCCUUACACUUAGUAGGGAUUAAUAUAUAUUUGUCUAACUGAACAAAAUCCUUUCAAUGAUGGCAAAUUUCUUUUGUCCUUGAAAGCAGAUUUGAUUCAUUAUACCUAAUCUUGACAAAAAUGUUAAGUUAGAGGGAUACCUUUUGGGGAAGAACCAACUUGUGACUCUGAGGUAGGAAUGAUUUUCUCAUCACCUCUUGAUCCAGCUCCUCAGGUAGUUCUAGAACUGGGGCUCUUGGAAUGUUGAGCACAUCAGUCCCCAGGGCAUUGACUUUGAAAGGCAGCGUUUGUUAGGAUGUGUAAGUAGUGGCUUCAGGUGCCUUGUCAUCAUUAUUUGUGUGUCAUUCUGAAAAUAAAUGCUCCCAAAAUGUCAUAUUCCACGAUGAGGGAUAUCUGAACUCCAUAGUUCAGCCCUGCUGCUUCUCUCUCCUCUUCUCUUACUAAUGAUUGCGAACAGUGCCCCCAUCAGAGCACCAAAUCCAUCCCCUUUCUUAGCUGUUCUGCUCCAUUCUUCAGCAGCAGCUUCUAGCACAUCCGUGGAGCAUCUGGCACAGACCUAGCCAGGGUCAGGUGCCCAGUCAGUGGGCAUUCUCUUCCCCUCCCAGACUGCAAGAGCUUCUUAAAGAACCCCUGUUCCCAUGUGUAGCUGUAAAGCGGGUGACCACAUGGUGUGUAGCAUCUAGGAAAGGUGAUCUGUUAUUAGAUGAGUGCUGCUGGAAAGGUUUGCCGUCUCCUCUUUUUGAUUAUUAAUUAAUCAAAAGUUAAUGCUUUCAACUUUAUAUUUUCGGAAAAGUGUUUUUAAUUAAGAAAAAUAUGUGGUAGGGACCAAUAAAUAAAUUAUACCUUUCUUUAUUAAAUUUGAAGUAAGUAAAAGAGCUGAAGGAAGAGGUAUCUUAUUAAGGAAACUUAAUCUGAUUGUGAAAGUCAUAUGUAUGAAGAAAUAUCAUUUAAGUCAGUAGGAGGAGUCAAAGGGUCAUGAGCGAUACAAGAUGAUGUGAUUUUGGAAACUUCCUGAAACACUACUUUUUAUGUUUUUCUCUGCUAAACGACCAUGUCCUAUAAGAAGUUGGUUACAUGAUGGUGCAUUUCUGAAUCAUCGAUUAAAAUCAGUUACUUCUGAUAUUA